AUGUCCACUCCCGUCACUCAGCGCCGCAGCGCAGCGUCCACUCCCAUCACUCAGAGUCCACUCCCAUCACUCAGCGCCGCAGCGCAGCAUCGACUCCCGUCACUCAGCGCUCGCCACAGCUCAGCGUCCACUCCCGUCACUCAGCGCCGCAGCGCAGCGUCCACUCCCAUCACUCAGCGCCGCAGCACAGCGUCCACUCUCGUCGCUCAGCGCCGCAGCACAGCGUCCACUCCCGUCACUCAGCGCCGCAGCUCAGCGUCCACUCCCGUCGCUCAGCGCCGCAGCUCAGCGUCCACUCCCGUCGCUCAGCGCCGCAGCUCAGCGUCCACUCCCGUCGCUCAGCGCCACAGCUCAGCGUCCACUCCCGUCACUCAGCGCCGCAGCGCAGCGUCCACUCCCAUCACUCAGCGCCGCAGCACAGCGUCCACUCUCGUCGCUCAGCGCCGCAGCACAGCGUCCACUCCCGUCACUCAGCGCCGCAGCUCAGCGUCCACUCCCGUCGCUCAGCGCCGCAGCUCAGCGUCCACUCCCGUCGCUCAGCGCCGCAGCUCAGCGUCCACUCCCGUCGCUCAGCGCCACAGCUCAGCGUCCACUCCCGUCACUCAGCGCCGCAGCGCAGCGUCUACUCCCAUCACUCACUGCCACAGCUCAGCGCCCACUCUUCCUCAAAUCCCUGCCUCUCUUUUGCCCCAGGUGAAUUCCACACAGCCUUAA